CGCGGCGAGGCCCCGCCCCCGCAGCUCGGCGCUAUAAAAGCGGCGCCGGCGCCCGCUCCGCGCUUUUAGCCCCGGGUGUCUGAGAGGAGAAAGAUGCAUCGACUCCGCUCGCGGGCCUUCACGGGGAUUUCUGCCAUCGCCGCCAGUUCGUCCUUCGCUUGCCUCCGCCAAUCACCUCCGCUGCCCCGGCCCGAGAAGUCGGCCUCGCAAAGGCGUUGGAAUAAAAAGCGAUCCUGCUCUUCCAUCGGCUGAUUGUCGCUGAUUCCCGGGCGGGGGGGAGCAGAGAGACCGAGACCCAGAGAGGAACCGAGGAGCCGAGCCGAGCCCAGCCGAGCGCCGCUGCGACCAUGCCCAAGUCAAAGAAGCGAGGGAGCAACCACCAGCGGGGGGCCGGUGGUCAGCCCAGAAAUGUGCAGCCUUUUAGUGAUGAAGAUGCUUCAAUUGAAACUAUGAGCCACUGCAGUGGCUUCAGUGAUCCCGCUAGCUUCACAGAGGAUGGGCCUGAAGUUGAUGAAGAAGCCACUCAAGAAGACUUAGAAUACAAAUUGAAGGGAUUCAUUGAUCUUACAUUGGACAAAAGUGCCAAAACAAGACAAGCAGCUCUUGAAAGUCUGAAAAGUGCUUUUUCUUCUAAAAUAUUAUAUGAAUUUAUAAUGGAAAGGAGAAUGACACUAACUGAUAGCAUUGAACGCUGCAUAAAAAAAGGUAAGAGUGAGGAACUGUGUGCAGCUGCUGGACUGGCAUGUCUUCUCUGCGUGCAGAUGGGGUCGGGAAUUGAAAGUGAAGAGAUUUUUAAGACCCUUGGUCCAGUUCUGAAGAAGAUUGUCUCUGACGGAACAGCUAGUAUCCAAGCCAGGCAGGCUUGUGCAACCUGCUUAGGGAUUUGCUGUUUCAUUGUCACCGAUGACAUUACGGAACUGUACUCUACUAUGGAAUGCCUAGAAAGCGUCUUCACAAAAGCUUAUCCACGAGAUAGAGACACUAACGGGGUAUCAAGUACACCCAGUACUGUGCUUCACAUCAGUGCGCUCUUAGCAUGGACGCUGUUGUUGACCAUUUGUCCAAUGAAUGAAGUAAAGAAGAAAAUUGAAAUGCACUUGCAUAAACUUCCAAGUAUGCUGUCUUGUGAUGAUGUCAACAUGAGAAUAGCUGCUGGAGAAACACUAGCUCUUCUGUUUGAGCUGGCACGUGAAACAGAUGCUGAUUUCUUUUAUGAAGAUAUGGAACUUCUAACAGAGAAACUGCGAGCUUUAGCUACUGAUGGAAAUAAGCACAGAGCCAAAGUAGAUAAAAGAAAGCAGCGAUCUGUGUUCAGAGAUGUUCUGAGAGCUGUUGAGGAGCGAGACUUUCCUACAGAGACAGUGAAAUUUGGACCUGAGCGCAUGUAUAUUGACUGCUGGGUUAAAAAACAGACUUACGAUACCUUUAAGGAGAUUCUGGGGUCAGGGAUGCAAUAUCAUCUGCAGUCAAAUGACUUUCUCCGGAAUGUGUUUGAGCUUGGUCCACCAGUCAUGCUAGAUGCUGCAACUCUUAAGACAAUGAAGAUAUCCCGUUUUGAAAGGCACUUAUAUAACUCAGCAGCAUUCAAGGCUCGGACAAAAGCAAGAAGUAAAUGCCGUGACAAAAGAGCGGAUGUAGGGGAAUUUUUUUAGAUCUCUGUGGAGCUUAAUUUUAAGUCUUUGAUAAUUAAAACAAAUUUGUAACCUUUGAAUGACUUUUUUUAAAUUUCAAUAGUCACAGCUUGCACUUGUGCACAGGGAUAUUGUAUAAAAUCUGUAAAUAGAAUGCAUGUUGCUCAGUUGCAUAUACACUGUACAUAGAUGGAUGUGAGACUGGGUGUGGGGUACAUUGUAACACUUGGAUUAGGUGUAACUUAAUCCAAACCUGAACAUAUUGUAACUCAACUGUUAAAUGGGGUGCAUACAUGUAAUCAACUGCCAUGUGUCAGAUUUGAUUACUUACUUUAUAGUAAGGUAAAUUAAAUAUUCAUUGACCAAGUGUUUGGGUAAGAUUGUGUUAAUAUGGAAGGAUGAACUUGUUCAUGUGAAAUGAUUUUUAGUACCUUUUAAAACUUUAAGUGGCAGAUGAACAAAUAAAUUCCUCUAUAGUAUGAAUUUAUGUGAAGGGUACUGUGGAGCUGAAUUACCUUCACUCACAAGGAAGCAGUAAAUAAGAUAUUUGCCUCAGUGUAAAAUAAAGAUUCUUAUGUUUUGAAA